UGGGCGGGGGCAGCAAAACGGAGACUGAAUUGAUGCAAAAUGGUCUGCAAUUGGUCGAAGCUUUGUGGUACCCAGGAGAAAGACUGUAUCGCACAGCAGCAUCAUUGUAAGAAUGCUCCGAAAACCGACUGACAAACCUGGAACAUGGCCCAGCGGAGGAUAUAGAAUAUCAUAUUUUUAGAACAUCAGAACAUGACAAAUGCCAUAAGCAUUUAGACGGUUCAUCUAUAAUAGGCUAUGAUUCAAAGGCAGGUGACACUGACCCAGAACUUGUACCAGAACAGGUUUCUCGGACUCAGACUUGCAGCCAUGGCCUCCCCGUGUCGUUCAUCCCAGAACCGUCGGCGCUGUAAGCACCCCAUCCGCCACAGCUACAACCCCGAGCAAUUCUGCAACGUUAAUUUCCAGAAUGGGGUGCCGGAGGAUGUGGCGGCCAUGUACCGCUCCACAAGCGACACGGACCUGGUGACAUCGCACAGCCGCUCCACGCUUACCGUCAGCACCUCGCUCUACGCCAUUGGACAGACCCAGGACAUCCUCAUCUGCUGGGACAUAAAGGAGGAGGUGGACGCUGGGGACUGGAUCGGCAUGUACCUCAUUGAAGAGGUGUCGUCUGAGAACUUUCUAGACUACAAGAGCCGCGGAGUGAAUGGUUCCCACAAGGGCCAGAUAGUGUGGAAGAUUGAGGGCAACUCCUAUUUUGUGGAGCCGGAGACCAAGAUCUGCUUUAAAUACUACCAUGGUGUGAGCGGGGCCUUGCGAGCCACUUCCCCCAGUUUGACUGUGAAGAACCCCUCAGUUCCGGUAUUUAAGCCCGUCACCAAUGAAGAAGUCCCCCAGAGCACAGGCAGUAGAAGACUCAUCAGCUUCUCCCUCUCAGAUUUCCAUGCCACAGGGCUGAAGAAGGGGAUGUUCUUCAACCCUGACCCCUACCUUAAGAUCGCCAUCCACCCCGGCAGGAACAGCAUCUUCCCGGCACUGCCACACCACGGCCAGGAGAAACGCUCAGGCAUCGUCUGUAACACCAUCAACCCCCACUGGCAGAGAGAGCGCUUCAACUUUGUGUCUCUGCCCACGGAUGUUCUGGAGAUCGAGGUAAAAGACAAGUUUGCCAAGAGCCGUCCUAUCAUCAAACGUUUCCUGGGCAAGCAGUCCAUGCCAGUGCAGAGGCUACUGGAGAAGCAUGCUAUUGGUGACCGUGUGGUCAGCUACACGCUGGGCCGAAGGGUGCCGACAGAACAUGUCAGUGGACAGCUGCAGUUCAGAUUUGAGAUCACUUCCUCUAUUCAUCCAGAUGAUGAAGACAUGUCUCUCAGCACAGUGCCUGAGUGUGCCGCUGUGCAGGAGACCAGUAACCAGGGGGAGGGCCAGUCUUCCCAGGCCCAGGGCCAGGACGAGGACACCAUGAGCCUGGGUCCGGGGGCUCCCGAACUCCCCAUGGACGAGGAGGAAGACGCUGGAGUUCCAGAACUUCCAAUUGGAGGAGAUACAGUUACAGACACGCCCAUGGAGGGGCAUCCAUCAGGGCCUUUGGGUUCAGAGCAGUCCAUGGAUGGAGAUGGAGACUCAGGGCCUUGCUGUUCCAGAGCCAAGGCCCUAAAAACAGAACCAAGCCAACCAGAGGUCAAUGGGGCUCAGGAGGAGGUGGAUGUGGCUGUAGCUGUGGCUGCAGAGAAGCUGCCCAAGGUAGAGGAUAACAGUGAGGAAGGGGGGCAGCAAACCCCCUCCAGUCCUCAGCUUGCUGACCCAGAGCAGGGGGUGGACAGUACCCCAUCAGAGGGUCAGGUCAUACCUGCUGUAUUGGAAGACAUGGAGAGUGGAGCGCCUGGGGAACCAGCAGAACAGGUGGUGGGUCAGGAGGAAGGAGACGAGGAAUGCUGCUCCCUGCGCAUCAGGACCACCCCUAGGCGUAAGAACCGGCCCUGCUCCCUGCCCGUGUCGGAGCUGGAGACAGUCAUUGCCUCGGCCUGUGGGGAGCCUGAGACCCCUCGCUCCCACUACAUCCGCAUCCACCACCUCCUCCACGGUCUGCCCUCCUCCCAGCCAAGCACCCAGGAGGACGGGGAGGGAGAGGGGUCUGAGGCUGAAACAGAGCCCGAUCCAGACCCAGGCCCUGACCAGCUCAGCCCCAGGGUCCAGGAUGGCUCAAAAGAGGAUGAAAAGGCAGAACCCCUGACCCCAGGGCCCAGGAGGACCCUGCCUCGCAGCUUGUCCAUCGAGCGUCUGUCCGACCUGGCCCUGCUACUGGACAGCGAGGGCCGCCACCCCCAGGGCCAGGUCAGGGGUCACCAGAGAGUGUCUAAUGACGACAUGGAGCCCUGCUGCAGUGAUUCCUGCUAUGAGGGCCGAGGAGGCAGUCAUAACCAGGCCCCUCUAGUGGCUGCAGCCAGGAUGUCUGUGGAGAGCAGUGAUUUUCCCUCCCAGGAGGAUGAUGACAUGGAGGUGAAUGGAGCGGAGAGCAGGGAGCCAGGAGAUGGGAUGCCCCAGUGGCAGGUGGAUCCGUCCACGCAGGUCCAGAGCCCCCAGAGCUUCAUAGAAAACGGAGAGUCACCCGUGGCCGGGCCCAGUGGAAAGAUAGGACGAGAUUGUCCCUUACCGUCCAGUCAUCCUCCAAUCAGCCAGCUUCCUGCUCUGCGUCAUGAUCCUCAUCAUUACCCCACUAUAGAUGAACCACUACCCCCAAAAUGGGAGGCGCGUGUGGACAGCCACGGUCGUGUGUUCUACGUGGACCACAUCAAUAGGACCACCACGUGGCAGAGACCCACCUCAGCAGCCACGCCCGAUUGCAUGAGGAGGUCCGGAUCCGUUCAGCAGAUGGAACAGCUCAAUAGAAGGUACCAGAGCAUCCAGAGGACCAUGGCCACAGACAGGAGUGAGAAUGAAGGAAGCAGAAGCAGGAGUGAGAGAACAAGCCUCAACAAUAACAGCAGUGAGACAGACUCUCCUUCGAUGGCUAAUGAGCUGAGAAGAGACAGCUCCUCUUCCUCCGCCUCCUCGUCAUCAUCUCCAGUCAACAGUCAGAAGAUCACAGCUCUGUUACAGAGCCCAGCGGUGAAGUUCAUCACACACCCAGAGUUUUUCACUGUCCUCCAUGCCAACUAUGGUGCCUACCGCAUGUUCACCAGCAGCACGUGCCUGAAGCACAUGAUCCUGAAGAUUCGUAGAGACGCUCGUAACCUUGAGAGGUACCAGCACAACAGAGACCUGGUCACCUUCCUCAACCGCUUCUCUGACGCCCAGCUGGAACUGCCCCGGGGCUGGGAGAUCAAGACUGACCCUCAGGGCAAGAACUUCUUUGUGGACCACAACAGCCGAGCGACCACAUUCAUCGACCCGAGAAUCCCUCUUCAGAACGGUUGUCUGCCCAACCACCUGACCCACAGGCAGCACCUGCAGCGAUUACGCAGCUACAGUGCUGGAGAGGCCUCGGAGGUGUCCCGUAGUCGAGGUGCGGCCUUGUUGUCACGGCCUGGGAACAGUGUGGUGGCCGCGAUGCGGAGCCAGCAUCAUCCUGAUCCAGUGCCACAAGCUUAUAAUGAGAAGAUAGUGGCCUUCCUCCGUCAGCCUGGAAUACUAGAAGUUCUAACAGAGCGCCAGCCAGCCCUGUCCAGGAACCAUUCCCUGAGGGAAAAGAUCCACUACAUCAGAACAGAGGGCACCCAAAGACUGGAGAAACUAGCAUGCGAUGCAGACCUGGUGAUACUGUUGAGCUUGUUUGAAGAGGAGAUCAUGUCCUAUAUUCCGCCCUCCUUCCAUCCUGGCUUCAGCUUCUCUCCACGUUGUUCACCAGGGUCUUCACCGCAGAACUCUCCAGGAAUGUCGAGAGCGAGAGCACCUGCCCCGUACCGGAGAGACUUUGAGGCCAAACUACGCAACUUCUACAGGAAACUGGAGGCUAAAGGCUAUGGCCAGGGCCCAGGAAAGAUCAAGCUUAUCGUCCGGAGAGACCACCUGUUGGAGGGUACCUUUAACCAGGUCAUGGCCUACUCACGCAAGGAACUACAGAGGAAUAAGCUCUACAUCACCUUCAUAGGAGAGGAGGGGCUGGACUACAGUGGGCCAUCCAGAGAGUUCUUCUUCCUGCUGUCUCAGGAGCUGUUCAAUCCCUACUAUGGCCUGUUUGAGUACUCAGCCAACGACACAUACACCGUCCAGAUCAGCCCCAUGUCCGCCUUCGUAGAGAACCAUCUGGAAUGGUUCCGGUUUAGUGGGCGUAUUUUGGGACUGGUGUUGAUCCACCAGUAUCUCCUGGAUGCCUUCUUCACACGGCCCUUCUACAAGGCUCUCCUCAGACUAGCCACUGACCUGAGUGAUCUGGAAUACCUAGAUGAGGAGUUCCAUCAGAGUCUACAGUGGAUGAAAGACAAUGACAUCACAGACAUGCUGGACCUUACCUUCACUGUGAAUGAGGAAGUCUUCGGACAGGUAACAGAGAGAGAGCUGAAGUCUGGAGGGGCUAACAUUAAUGUGACAGAGAAGAAUAAGAAGGAGUACAUUGACCGCAUGGUGAAAUGGAGGGUGGAGAGAGGAGUGGUCAAGCAGACAGAGGCACUGGUCAGGGGCUUCUAUGAGGUGGUGGAUUCCCGGCUGGUGUCAGUGUUCGAUGCCAGAGAGUUGGAGCUGGUCAUCGCUGGGACAGCUGAGAUAGACCUCAACGACUGGAGGAACAACACAGAGUAUAGAGGAGGCUACCAUGACAGCCACAUAGUGAUCCGGUGGUUCUGGGGGGCCGUGGAGCGCUUCAACAAUGAGCAGAGGCUGCGUCUGCUGCAGUUUGUGACUGGCACCUCCAGUGUUCCCUACGAGGGCUUCACUGCGCUACGGGGCAGUAACGGCCUGCGACGCUUCUGUAUCGAGAAGUGGGGCAAAAUCACCGCUCUUCCAAGGGCACACACAUGCUUCAACCGGCUGGAUCUCCCUCCAUACCCCUCCUACACCAUGCUCUAUGAGAAACUGCUGAUUGCUGUGGAGGAGACCAGCACUUUUGGCCUUGAGUGAAGGAGAGAGAAGGCGUGCAUCCCAAAUGGCACCUUAUUUCCUAUAUAGUGCACUACUUUUGACCAGGGACCAUAGAACUCUGGUCAAAUGUACUGCAUUAUGUAGGGAAUAGGGUGCCAUUUGCGAAGCAAUCGAGAACUUAAAUAGGAUCCUGUGCCUCAGGACUGUGGACUCUACUGUACACAACACUCCCUUUAUACUGUACAUUUCAAUACAACAGCCAGAGGACUGUACAUUUCUCUUUUUUAACAAUCUUAUGUACAGUAUACAAGCAAAAGGAAAAGCCAAGCACCACCACAUGCAUUAGUCACAUGUUACAAUGUACCUUUGUUUGCAUAAAGGCACAUAGCUCUUAUUUGCUCAGCCUAUAACAGUACUCAGGGCCUUGACUCAACACAUCACACAUGCCAAUGAAUAGUCUAGUCCCUCUCUCACAGUGCACCAACAGCCUCAGCAAGCAUCAUCACAUCACCAACCACAACCAACAUUAUCACUAGAAGAAAUGCCUCAACUCGCAUUAUCAGAGGGAGAGAAAUGCCUCAAAUACUGUCACGUGAACCACUAAAACCAACAUUAUCUCAUGACGUUGUGUUCCAACUUUGGCAAUUCCACUUCAAAUACUGCUGCCACUGGUCAUAUCCUGGGAUAAUCCAUCAGCAAAGGACUGGGUCUUCAACAUCUCUCAAGUUCUUAAUUGCUCUAAGUUUUUACCAAGAUUUUGUGAACAUUGUGAUGUAUCAGGAGAGAUUCAAUAGUGUCGCAAGAUCCUACCGCAAUUGCAAAACGACUGUUCGAGGAUUCUAAUGAUAUUGAAGUUGUUAUAUUUUAAUUGAAGUCAAAACUAUGUUUUAUCACUAAAAGCAUGUGUGGAAUUGACGUAAACCUUGAAGCUGAUUGGGAAACGAACACAAACCAGUUUUACUGUAGGUAAUUAGAGUGAAGUGAUGUGAAGAAACCCCCUUAAACAACGUCAGAUCACAAUUUCUUUUCCGAUGUGCUCCAUGGGAAAACAACACUUCUUUUCCCCCUCUUGACCUUGAAAAGCAUUUGAUGUUUACAUGAGGUGUGUCAUCUCUUGUUUUAACACACUUGAGUCAGGAUAUUAUGAACGUUUCAUUGUCACAAGAUUGUUGUGUUUCAUUUGUACAUGGUAGACAGAUUAUUUUGGAAGGAAGUGUUUAAAUAUUUUGCCAGGUUUUUAUAUAAUUUUUUCAAGCAUGGAACACAGAACUGGACAUAUUGCAUUGUUUAAAUAUAUAUUCAAACACUGAGGCAAACCAAGAGAGAACAAUUAAAGUAAAUUUGCGGGUAUUGUGUUUAGAUAGUACUGGAUCUUAUUCUUCCUGAAUAUUUGUUGCACUUCUGAGGAGUUGACACUAAGUUCACCUUAAAUAUAUGUAUACAACUAUUUGAACAGAAAUCUAUUAUAUUUUUUAAUGUUUUUAAAUGUAACACUACUUGCAAUUAUUAUACACUAUAGUUCUGGCUGAACAAAUCAAAAAAACAGUAGAUUACAAUGCUGUUGACUUGUUACCGCACUUCUGUUAUAGCAGCAGGUUAACAUGUUUGAUUUUGUUUCAGUGUAUGCCUGUAUGUCUACUCUUGGCCACAGUCAUACGUGCUGUGACAUGAACAUGUAAUGGACUUAAAAUUAACGUCACGUUGGUGGGUCUUUUGUCAGUUCUAGGUUACCAUGCUAAAUCCAUUUAGGACAGACCCCACAGGGUUGCUUUAUUAAUUUCCCCUCAUGUUGUCAUUUAAUGCACAUAUCCUAUAGCGACUUUAUCAUUAUAGGAUAGGACAGCUGUUGUGGUCUGCAAAUGCCAUGCCUUAACAUGAAAACACUGUAUAUGACAAAAUGCCACUGUCAGGCAUACGUAGGCCUAUAACUAAGUUGAUUGCAGACCAAUUGAAUAAUUGUGUAUGUGCUAUCAUGUUCAUUGUUAUAUUAGUUUGAUAUUAGAAGAGAGACACCAGAAACUGAUAUUGAACACUACUACUGUACUUACAUGACCUAUGUUUUUGUUAAAAUCUUUUCACUUUCUCUCGUGUUCCAUUCCUUGAACAAUUAAGAUUUUGAAAUGUACAGUGAGUGCAUUUAUAGUUGCUAUUAUGAAAUUGGAAGGCUGUAAGAUCAAGUUUAUACAGGAAAUGUAUUUUCAAAGCAUUUUGAAAUGAUAAAAUGUCAUAUGCAGUACAAGAUUGGUGUUAUUCAUGUAUUUUCUAUGUAUUGUCUAUGUUGUUGUUCAGUAUGUACAGUAUAAGAAUCAUAAUGUUUUAAGUUACUGUUGAAAAUGUGUCUAAUGCUAUGCACAUUUCCUAUGGCGAAGAACAAGCAAUGUAAUUUUCAAACAAUAAUCUGUUGCUCAUUUUAAAAAUCUUACAUUAUAUUUUUCCUUAAAGAGAUUGUUUGCAGCUAGUGAACGUUUUAUGACCAUUCUUUAGGUCUCAGAACCCCUCUCACAGGUCUACAUGUUUCACUGUCCGUCCCCACUAUUUCCUGUCUGAUGAGCUCACAUGCAGUAAUUCUCAGGCUGCGCUUUCAAUUCGAGCAUAGUACUGUUAACGAAUGUCAAUAAACAAUCACUUCAUAAA